AUGGCAUCAAAUGUGAGAUCGUCUUUGGUCUAUCAACUGUUGCUUCAUGUUCAUCGAAUAUAUUCCGUGAUAGUUUUUCUUGUGCUGAUAUUUCUAUACUUCUACAAAGGUUCCGUCUUACCCUACCAAUAUCAUGUACGAGUACUCGAACUAUUGAUAAUCUUAGCAUUUGCUCCGAUUGAGGCCAUUCGACUAUCUUGGGGGGCACGAGGGAAUCUGACCGAAACUCCUGCUUUUCUGGCAUUCUCACUGCUGCUCUCCGUUCCCAUUAUACUGAUUCAUGUGUACCUAGCGAUAUUUCAAAAUUACGUUUUACUCAUCGAAGCUAUUAUUGUCGGAAUAAGUGGUAUAUUGGUGAUUAUCGAAACGAUCGCUGGUCUAGCAUUGUGCGCCACUCUUUCGAAAGGAAGCAGUUGA